AAAAAGGACCGGAGGGAGUACUAGGCCAAACCUUGUUUAUAUCUGUUGUGUAGGAGUACCAUUGAUUGCGAUCGUGAAAUAAUGGGCCCGCUAGCAAAGAAAACAGGUGCCUCAUGAUCCUGACCCGACUGAGGCUCGCAUCGAUUAUAAAGACAAGGCGAGCCCGGGUGACACGAGAAUGGAGAGCGCGGCAGAGUCCAUCGUGAGCAAGGUCGGGCAAGUGCUGGUGGACAAGCUCCAGGACAUCCGUGGCGUCGGCAACAAGGUCGUCCAACUUCGGGAUGAGCUGGCGACCAUGAACGCCGUCCUCCGCGUCAUCUCCGAGGCGGACCAAGACAAUGUCGACCACGUCGUCCGGGAGUGGGAGAAGCAGGUGCACGACCUUGCCUACGAUGUCGAGGACUACACCGACACCUACUCGCUCCGCAUCGUCCGCCCCAUCAUGCGCCCGUCCAUCUACGCCCGCGCCAAGCGUGUUGUUGGGUAUCCGCACAAGAAGCUUGUGCUGCAACGCGCCCUCGCUGCUGACAUCAAGGACCUCCUAGUCCGUACCACCACCGUUAGUGAACGCCGCGCUCGCUACAACAUAGACCGGGCCACGCUGCCAAGAGCUGCCUACCUGGCCCCUGUCUCGGCGGCGUCUAUCUCCGCGAAUGCCCUCCGUCGUGCCGACAACCCUGAUCAGUUUGUUGGCAUCACGGAACAGGCCAACGAUCUGGCCAAGAAGAUCAAGGCGGUCAAGGAGCCGGUCCAUGAUCCGCGUGACAAGAUGAAGGCGCCAGUCCAUGACGAGGAUGACCAGAUCCUAGAGGAGCCGAUCUAUGAUGAGGAUGACAAGAUUCUCAAGGUGUUCUCCAUUGUGGGGUUCGGAGGACUGGGGAAGACAACCCUGGCCAUGGAGUUGUGUCGGCAGCUGGACGCGGACUUCCCCCUCCAGGCGCAGGUGUCCGUAUCACAAGAGUUCGAUGCUGGGAAGGACAUGAAGGGACUGCUGAUACGAGUGCUCCAGCAGAUCCUCAAGGAGAAAGAAGAUGCUAACGCUAACCAAAUAAACAAGGAAAAGGAGGCCAAAAUCAAUAAGAUGAAUGUGGAAGAGCUGUCCAGCGAGAUCAAGGAGCUCCUCGGUCACAAGAGGUAUAGACUACCGUCUCCAAAUAAAAUUUUAAACUCUACUCAACAUUAUCCUUAUAAACAUAAUGCGAGGCUGCAAUCAAAAUUAUUUUUGAUAUCAAUACCAUCUUUAUAAAUAUUACAAACUCGGGGAUAAGCUUCUCACGGAGUACAUAAUUCUAUUAAUCUUCAGCACAUGCACAGGAAGGUUGGCAACUAUUUCAAAGUACACAUAACCACUAUUUUUUUAGGCUUUUUUAGUAAAUUUAUCACAAGUGAGAAAUUGCCAGCGGCUGGACUGAACAGUGCUGAACUGGGAUUUUCAAUUGCUUGUUGCAAAAUCUGUCCAACUUAAAGAAUACUUAAGGUUCCAUGGUUCAUUCCUUUCUUCCGUCCCGCCUCUCCACCCACAUCCUCUGUUUCCGGUUUUACCAAUUGUUUCCACCUGUUUUCCUCAAAAACCGCCACAACUGUCCUCACGUUUUAUUAGUUUACCAAAUAAAAUCAUGUUUUCUUUGGUAAGUCAAUAAGUGCUGAUUUAUUUGGCAGCUAAAUUCUAUGUUUUAUACACGAUCACAUUAAUUAACAAUAAAAUGGUAUGUAAAUCAUGGUAAUUACGUACAAAAUAUGUGUGCCCCCAUUGCAAUGCACAGGCAAAUAUCUAGUUGAGAAAUAAAAAUCAUGACCACCAUACUGUUAUGGAAUCCUUUUAAGAUAGCUUAACACAUUUAUCAUGUGGUAAGCUAUGUCUAUGUGUUGCAUACUUCGGGCAUUGAUUAUUGUACAAGUAGAGUGGAGAGAAAGCACACACACAAAAAAGAAUGACCACAGCUAAUUUUCUUUGUUCAUAGUGUGUAGACAUUCGAUCUUCAUAAUCCUUAUCGACUAUUUUCAAGAUUCUCCACAAUAUUGUUUCACUGAAAGCUGAGCAUUUAUUUAUAUAGGCCCCAUAGUACUUGAACUAAGAAUAGCUGCUCUUAGUUUCCUCAUCUUCUUCUAAGAAAAAUAUAACAUCUAAGUACACUAUUGAAACACAUAGACAAAAAAAAAUCUUAGCUGUCAUUUGGAGAGACACCAAAUUCCUUCUGUCUUCGUAAAAAAGAAACCAAACUACUUAUUUUGUUGUAUAAAUGUUGUUGGCAUUUCUAUGUGAACAAGUAUUUCUAGUUCUAUUUUUGCAUGUACACAAAUUUUCUAACUCCAUGCAUGUAUAUAUAUAUAUAUAUCCAAUUAAACUUGGUAUCUCAU